CGGAAUAUGAUGGUGUCCGAGGAACGGGGCCGCGCUCUAGAACCGGACAUCCUAAAGUAUAGAUAUCUCGGAUAAAUGCUCAGUCAUCGUGUUUCCUUCCAGAAUCCUAGAGGACUUUCUUCUAUGAUUUUACUCCGAUGGGCAUUUUCUCGAGGUGUCAAAUUGCUCUUGAACUGACUACGUCACUGUCGUGGAAAAGGAAACAAGAAAUCAAGAAAUCUGUUACUGCAAACGACGGCAUCGUCUCUUACAUUAUUACGAAACAGACCAGAUUCGUAGUUGUGAGUGACGUCGAGAAGACCAGGAGCUUUCCUUCAUACAAAUGUCGAACUGCAGCGAAAUAUGGCGUGCCGGUCGUCUCUCUGGCAUUUUUAGAAGAAUGCUGCAAGGCCGAGAAACUGCUAGACUCCGAUCCGUUUGUAGUGUUUGGAAAGACGGCGUCACAAGAAUUCAGUUCGGGAAAAAUUAUUGUGUCUAGACAAGGAGGGAAGAAGGAGAGACGGAUGCGACCUGCUAUCAUGAUCAAUAUGAAUAAAGUGGAAGUGUGGAAGUUUGGCGACUCUUCUUGUCCUGUGUUUGAUGAAGAUGCUUACGAAGUUGCAAAGAGUUCAACUUUGAAAUCUGUAAACUCCAAGACUGGUCAGACUCGAUUCUUCGUUAUUGAGCUUCAUGUGUCACCUUCUGCAUGUCAGACACAGAUAUCAGCAGACAGUCCAUAUAGAGUGUUUACCCAUUCUGGGACAUUAGGCACCAGCAGUGAUACGGAUGAAACCGGACAGAUGGAAUGUCGAUUCUUUACUAAAGUAGCAGAAGCAGAAUAUGUGUACGGUCAUUUGUAUCAGCAGCACACAAAAUCGCCUCACAACAUGAGCAAAGUUCAAUUUUUAUCACCUCGAAUUGGAUCAGUCAAGCUAAGAAAGAUUUUUGCUGAGCUGAGAUUAUCAACUGGUGUGCAGUCUAUACAGCCUCGAGUAGCGAGAUUAGUCAACUGCAUAUGGUCUGAGGCAAGCGGUGAACUAUCAUCAAUAUUGAGUGUUCCAGUUGAGUCCAUUAAAUCUGAUGAUGCUCGAAAAGCGGAAGGCUUUCUUUUGUCAAUCCGGAAAGUUCUAAAUGAUGGAACAAUAGACAGCGGAGACAGAAACAAAGAGCUGCAGAGGCUGACCAGAGAAUUCUAUUCUCUUGUUCCUCACUCUGACCAAUCAGAUAUAAUUGAUACAAAGUUAAAGUUGGCUAGAAAACAAGAUCUGUGCCAGUUGAUAAAGGAUGUCGUCUCUGUAAGUGAAGCAACUGAUUGGUCAACAAGAAGCAGCGUGCAAGCCAAACUGCGAGCUUUGCGGUGUGAAAUUCAACAUGUAGAGCCAGACAGUCAGGAAUACUGCCAGAUACAGAAUCAUGUCCUGAGCCAUGAGAAAUCACGUUGUGGAUUGAACGUAUUCUCGAUUUAUGCUAUUCAUCGGGCAUCAGAAGAUUCUAAUUUUGCUAGCCAUUUGGACAAUCGACAGCUCUUGUUUCACGCUUCACAGGUUGCCAACUUUGUGGGGAUUCUGUCGAGAGGACUGCUGCUGCCUAAGAUAGUGGUGGAUGAUUAUGGUGGUAAGAGAAGUGACCCAGGAAUGUUGGGCAGUGGAAUCUACUUUGCGAGUGCAUCCAGUACUAGCGCUAAGUAUUCAUUUCCUGGUAAGUCUUGUGGCACUCGAUUCAUGCUCAUUGCAGAAGUAGCACUAGGACGUGUCAGCUCAACAUAUCAUAAGAAUACAGAGUUGGUUGCACCACCUGAUGGGUUUAACAGUGUUCAUGGCGUGGCCAUUACAGACUCCAGUUCUGAUUUGGAGUUUUCAGACUUUAAGGAUGACGAAUUUGUUGUUUAUGAUGUCAGGCAACAGAGACUGAGGUAUUUGGUUGAAUUCAACUUACCUAGUGAUGAUAUCAAAACAGAUUCAAGUGAGGAUGCUGGUGAUUGUUCAUCUGAGACUGAGGACAUAGAGAUGCUGGAUGUCCAUCUGGAAGCGAAUGAAAGUAGCAUUGCUGAGAUUGACUUGCAUGAUGUUCAGAACGUUACUGACCCCCUCAGUAAAGUCAAAGCCGGUCUGCUUGGCAGUGGAGAUGCUGCCGUACCUCUUCAGUCUGUUCACGUUCGAGCCAAACUUCUCGACUUAGCCACCCAAGUGGUUGUUCUGCAAGCAUAUCAUAAUGAGAGCACGGUUCCUAUCGAAGCCAAGUAUGUAUUUCCACUGGACGACAUGGCUGCUGUUUGUGGCUUUGAGGCAUUCAUCAAUGGGAAACACAUAAUCGGAGAAGUGAAAGAGAAGGAACAGGCACACAAAGAAUACAAGGAGGCAAUCAGUCAAGGACACGGUGCUUACCUAAUGGACGAGGAAACACCCGAUGUGUUCACUGUGAGUGUUGGAAAUUUGUCACCAGAUGCGAACGUUCUAAUUAAGAUUACUUAUGUGGCCGAGUUGGCUGUGGAAGGAGAGCACAUUGUGUUUCGACUACCCGGUAGCGUCGCACCGUGGAAGAAAACUGCAGCUCUCGGUGAAGUGACACAGACUGAUGUAGACACAGUCAAAGUUGAGCAAGAUACGUCAAGGUUUUCAGUGCAGAUUUCAAUAGAAAUGCCAUUUGAGAUCAAAUCAAUUCAGUCUCCUAGUCACAAACUAAAGACAAAGAGGACGGCAACGAUGGCGAUGGUGGAAUUGCAAGAUGGUCAGCAGUUGGACGAUGGUUUACAGUUGCUUGUCGGUCUUGCUGAAAUUCACGUUCCACGCAUGUGGGUUGAAAAGUAUCCCAGUUCUGAGCACAGAGCUUGCAUGCUGACGUUCUAUCCCGAGUUUGAGGCUGACUUUGACAAUGAUUAUGAAGUGAUUUUUGUUUUGGAUCAGUCCAAUUCAAUGAAGGGGUCGGCUAUUGAGGAUGCUCGAAAGCUGGUGAUGCUUGCAUUGCAUCACCUUCCAAAUCACUGUCGAUUCAAUAUCGUUGGAUUUGGAUCCGCUCACGAGGAGCUCUUUCCUGUGAGUCAACACAAGAACAAAGAAACAACGACUGCAGCACAUCAAUACAUCAGGUCAUCUAAAGCUACACUUGGCAGUACCGACUUUUGGAGACCUCUGAGGUCAUUCAUGUUGACAGCACCUUCAGACAGCAAUGACACAACUACUUUGCCUCGAAAUGUUUUUGUCUUUUCGGAUGGUCAUAUUAGUGAAGAAGAGGCGACGCUGGAAUGUAUCAGAAAGAGCUGUCAUCUUACAAGAGUCUUUACUUUUGGAGUUGGGUCAACGGCUAAUCGUCACUUUUUACGCUCAAUGGCGCAUGUGGGAGGCGGUUGUUCAGUUUUCUUUGACUCGAAGGCAAAAAGCAAAUGGGAAAGAAAGGUAAAGUCACAGCUGGAAAAAGCAGGACAGCCGGUCUUGACUUCUGUUGAAGUUGACUGGCAACAGUUUGAUGACAAGAAGACAUCGAAACCUGUUCAGGCGCCUGCAGAGAUUAUUUCGCUGUUCAGUGGAUCGAGACAAGUGGUAUACGGAUUUGUUGACAACUGCACAAUGGCUACGUUGACGGCUCAUAUCGGUGGGAAGGAAGUAUCUACAGUGGUAUCCACUUCUGACUUGAGUGUGACAACUGGGAAAAUUUUGCAUCAGUUGACUGCAAGAGCGAUAAUCAGAGACUGGGAUGAAGGCACUCUGGCUGCCGACAGGCUUGAACACGAAAUUGUGAAACACGACCGGAAGGCGUACAUUAUCAACUUGAGUAAAGAAUAUUCCAUUGUCACACAAUUUACCAGCUUCGUUGCUGUUGAACACCGAGACGAGUCUGAACAACUUUACAGGUCGAGUGGUCCAUCUAUCGAAGAGCUUGUUGCUAAAGAGGAUAUCGAUAUUUUGCCGUAUAUCGGGUGGGCUGAUUAUGAAAAAGAGAAAGGAAAAGAACGUGCAUUAGAACUGAGUGCCGAAGAAACGAUUGCGCUUGCUCUGGAACAAGGGACAUCUAGUCAAGACUUCUCUGUCUUGCAGGCAGAACGUGCAUUUCGAGAUGCACAUGAAGUUGCUCAGAAACACUUGGUACCCAACCAUCCUUUGCGUUUGAAGGCAUCUCUUGCUUUUGCAUCCUUUUUGCAGGAUGUGAAGAUGGAAACAGAAGAAGCCUGUCGGUUGGCACAGGAAGCAUUUGAUGAUGCUAUCUGUGAGUUGGACACGUUGAGUGAGGAAAGCUACAAAGAUAGCACACUCAUCAUGCAAAAGCUGCGAUACAAGCUGAGCGUAUGGAAAGGAGAUAAGGAGUUUGAUGAAAUCGAAGAGAUGAUGUAUGAUAUGUUUAUGCCUGCAAAAGCAUGCACAGGCAUGCCUGUUGAGCUCUUCGGUAUGCUUGAAGAAGAGCUUUAUACACCACCGCUGUAUGAAGCUGCAGAUAUGGCUUUUGGAUUUUGUCAACCACCUGCACCACCUGUACCACCACCAGUACCAUCACCUCCAUCUUCUGGAGUUGAGUCAACGUGUGACACAUUUUAUUUUGCUGAUUAUGAAUGUGCAGAACCUGUAGUCAUCGAUACGGGAAUGGACACUGUGAAGGCCGGUGUGGCUGGAGACGACGCACCAGGUGCAGUCUUUCCUGCUUUAGUUGGGAGACCCAGACAUCAGGGUGUGAUGGUGGGAAUGGGCCAGAAGGACAGUUAUGUUGGCGACGAGGCAGUCUCUAAACGAGGGAUACUGACAAUGCGUAGCCCUUUUGAUCUGCCUCCUGAACUGCCUCCUAAACAAAAACUGAAAGCAAAAGUUGUUUGCGACUCUUCUGUAGCAGCUUCUUCAAGAAAAGCCAUUGAAAAGGAAUUGUCGUCGACCAGAGUCGUAAAAGGGGCUGCAAGUAGUGAUUCAAUGAAAGUGUUGCAAGACAGUCUUAAAUUGCAUCCCAGUACGGAUGAAGACAAGCUCCAACUAACUGCAGCCCGUCAUAUGAAAGCCGAUGAGAAGAAGAAAAGUCGUACUGAUGUAGCUGAUGAAGACCACCGACCAGUGGUAUUCAGACGCCUAGUUAAAAAGCAACACUAUCAUGGAGGCAAACCACCACUACCACCACCACCAGCUAACGGUCGGUUUCAAGUGGAGCUAGGAGGCGUACUACCACUACCACCACCACUAGGAGGUGUACCACCACUAGCACUACCACCACAAGAAGGAGGUGUACCACCCCUACCACCAUCAGGAGGCGCACCACCACUACUACCAUUAGGAGGCGCAUUACCACCACCACAACUGCUAGAAUGCGGAGCUAGCUUAUCACUAUUACCACCACUGCCAGAACGACGUCAACGUCAAGAGAGAGCAGCGCUGUCUAUAUCGUCAAGUGAUAGACAGAUUGCAGCACUAGCAGUACAAGCACAACCACCAAUGCCAGUACGAUCUGCUGCAGCAAUACAAGUACAAACACAGCUAGCAGCAGCACCAGUACCACCACGACCAGCACUACGACCAUCACCAACAACAGUACAACCACCACCAGCAGCACAACGACGAACAGUAGCUGUACCAACAGCACCAUUGUCAUCAAUAAGAUCAUCACCACGAGCUUUUACAUCGACCGGUGAAUCACGUCGUCGGGUGCCAGCUAUAGCUUCAUCUCUAUCAUUUGAUUCAAGAUCAACAGGUGUAAUGCUAGGACCAGGUUUCUCACAAUUAUGUGGAGCAUCAUUGGCAAGCAGCGAAUUGAAAGUACGAUCAUCGAGCGAUCGUUUGGAUUCUGAGCGUGAGCGGCGGCCGUCUAGGGAGACCCGCCGUUCCAUGGUAAUGGCCGAACAGGAGGAGUUUUGUGACGUUCUAUCGAUGUCACGGACGGAGAUCAAAGAAUAUGCGAGCGCGUGCUGGAAACACGUGCUGCGCGGUACCGAAGAAAAGACACUGACUGGUAAGCUUAAGAAGAAAGAGAGCGACAAGCAAAUGCGGGCAGAACUAAAAGAAUUUCCUGUCAAACGCUUGUCAUCGCGGAUGAGCAGGUACACAGUGGCGGGGUUCACAGGGGGCGACGGCGGCGGCGACGACGGCGACGACAGCAGUGACGACGACGACAGCAGUGACGACGACGACAGCAGUGACGACGACGACAGCAGUGACGACGACGACGAUAGCAAUGACAGCUGGAGUGAAAGUCUUGAUGAUUCAGAAAAAAGACUAGACGACAUACGUCACUCGGACCAACAAAGUACAGACAUUCGACGUCCAAUUGCUUGUGGAAACCCGGAUGACAUACCGAAAUUCUUCAGUGUUCAAAAGCCGGAGGGGUAUUGGGAAUUUACUGAGCAUCUCGGCACUCUGUUGAGCUUAGAUCUGAAGAAUUUGCGCGAGAAAAUUGAGUCCGCUGGUCUGAAGUCUUUAGGAUCUACCAUCUACAGCAAAGCGAUGCACCUCUUUGCAACCGCCCUGGUUAUCAUCUAUCUACGCCACCACUUCCCCCACCAGUUCCCAUUGCUGCCGGGCCUGCUCAAGGGUUAUGGCGAUAUCGACGUCAAGUGGCAACAGAAUAUGACAAACGCACUGCGUUGGUUUCACGAAACCGAGAAAACCAUUCCGUCACUCUGUACUCGUUUGGAAGUCGCAAAGUCGUACGAGAAUUUCGCAGAGAUAGCAUUGGGAAUUCGAGAGAAAGUGCAGUAGUGUUUUUUUUCUUAACUAUAUAACUAGACAAUGGUUUGCUGGAUUAUAGACUAUGCUUGCUUUUUUCGUUUCUAGCUAGUUAGUCGGUGGUGUGUGUGUGUGUGUGUGUGUGUGUGUGUGUGUGUGUGUGUGUGUGUGCGUGCGUGCGAGCGUGCGUGCGUGAGUGCAUGUUUACGCUCCGGUGGAGCAUGCAUCCUUCCGUAGAAAAGGUUUCAGACAAGCAGA